AAAGUCAUUCGUGUUUACUUUACCGCAACUAUCCGUGGGCGGCUAUUGGGUAUAGUACUUGAUUAGAUUAGAUCAGCUCAGCAUUUCUAUAAAUCCUAAAACAGUUGAAUUAAAAAGCAGUAAGAAACAAAAACCCUAAAUUGAAAGGAAAAAAAAUGUCGAGCGGGUGGAGAAGAACAGUGGGGAAUGUGAGGUCGUUUAUAGGGAAUUCAUUGGGAGGGCUGAGAGGAGGAAGUAAUGUAGCGUCGUGGAUCGUUGCAGGAACUUUAGCUUACUAUCUAUGGAUUAAGCCAUCACAAGAUCUUAAGCGACAACAAGAGGAAAGGGCAGCACUUGCCAGUUCUGAUCCUUAUCGUUACAUUGAGAAGCGGAAACCAAUUCCUGAUCCACAGGAAACUGGAUUGAUAUACGGAAAGAAGAAUAGAACAAACAAAUCAGAGGAAUAAUUUGCUAUAAAAAUCGCAUGCUUAUAUUACUUGUUAUUUUCCAGACUGUCAAUGAUUUGGAUAAGAUGUUACGUGAUUCAUCCGGUUUGGUUGAAGGAUUGCAUCAUGUAGUGUGAUGUCAAAACAAGAAGUACUGAAGCUUGAAUGGGUUUAGUUUAGUUUGUUUUAGUUUUGACAGUUUGUCCUGCUACUGAAAUAAAGUUGGGAGAGAAAUAUUUAAUGCUGGAAAUUAGUUAAAAAUGAUGGGGUUGAUUUGACCUUUGUCUAGCAUUGGUCAAGUUACUUUAGAAUAUUGUGCUUGGAUGAGCUUUAGGUCCAAUGUUGCUCUAGUUAUAUAACGUAGAGCUAUCUCUUGAAUCCAAAUCGAGAGCUAUGAACUAUUUUGAUCCCCAUGACAUCUUUAUCUACCGUGCUCAAUGAGAUAUGCCUGUUGUUGGAGGCUACGAACUUCCCAUA